GGAGAGCGAAUAUACUGAAUGAAAGUUUCUGGGAGAAUGACUAUAGUGAAUGCAGGGUCUGGGGAGACCAGAUAUUGUGAAUGAUGGGUCCUGGGAGAGCGGAUAUUAGUGAAUGCAGGGUCCAGGGAGAGGCGGAUAUAGUGAAUGCAGGGUCCCUGGGAGAGCAGAUAUAGUGAAUGCAGGGUCCAGGGAGAGCGGAUAUAGUGAAUGCAGGGGUCCUGGGAAACCAGAUAUAGUGAAUGCAGAGGUCCGGGGGUAAGCGUAUAUAGUGAAUGCAGGGGUCCUGGGAGACCAGAUAUAGUGAAUGCAGGGUCCUGGGAGACUAGAUAUAGUUUAUGCAGGGCCCGGGAG